CCAUCACUAGUUUCUAGGCGGAAAGGUAGUACUGUGAUAGGGGUUUCAUGUGAUCUGUCACAUGACAGCAGAUCUGCUGAGGGACGGAAUGGGACUACGAUCCUGCCUCCUAGGGCUCCUAGCCCUCAUCGUCGCAGGCACAGGCAGUUACACCCCGGAGCCUGACCAACAGCGGACGCUGCCCCCAGGCUGGGCUUCCCUGGGCCGUGUGGACCCUGAGGAAGAGCUGAGUCUCACCUUUGCCCUAAGACAGCAGAACCUGGAAAGACUGUCUGAGCUGGUGCAAGCUGUGUCGGACCCUGACUCUCCUCGAUACGGGAAAUACCUGACUCUAGAGGAUGUAGCUGAACUGGUCCGGCCAUCACCACUGACCCUCCGCACGGUCCAAAAAUGGCUCUUGGCGGCUGGAGUACGAAACUGCCACUCAGUGACCACACAGGACUUUCUGACCUGCUGGAUGAGUGUCCGACAGGCAGAGCUGCUGCUCUCUGGGUCUGAGUUUCAUCGCUAUGUGGGGGGACCUGCAAAGACCUAUGUUGUAAGGUCCCCACAUCCCUACCGGCUCCCGAAGGCUUUGGCCCCCCAUGUGGACUUUGUGGGAGGACUGCACCGCUUUCCCCCCACAUCAUCUCUGAGGCAGCGCCCUGAGCCACAGGUGGCAGGGGCCAUUGGCUUGCACCUGGGGGUGACCCCGUCCGUGAUCCGUAAGCGAUACAACUUGACAGCACAAGAUGUGGGCUCUGGCACAACCAACAACAGCCAAGCCUGUGCCCAGUUCCUGGAGCAGUACUUCCAUGACUCAGACCUGGCUCAAUUCAUGCGUCUCUUUGGUGGAAACUUUGCACACCAGGCAUCAGUAGCCCGUGUGGUCGGACAACAGGGCCGGGGCCGGGCCGGGAUUGAGGCCAGUCUAGAUGUGGAGUACCUGAUGAGUGCUGGUGCCAACAUCUCCACCUGGGUCUACAGUAACCCUGGCCGGCAUGAAACACAGGAACCCUUCCUGCAGUGGCUCGUGCUGCUCAGUAAUGAGUCAGCCCUGCCACCUGUGCACACCGUGAGCUAUGGAGAUGACGAGGACUCCCUCAGCAGUGCCUACAUGCAGAGGGUCAACACCGAGUUCAUGAAAGCUGCCACUCGAGGUCUUACCCUGCUCUUCGCCUCAGGUGACAGUGGGGCUGGGUGUUGGUCUGCCUCUGGAAGACACCAAUUCCGUCCCAGCUUCCCAGCCUCCAGUCCUUAUGUCACCACGGUGGGAGGCACAUCCUUCCAGAAUCCUUUCCAAGUCACAAAUGAGAUUGUUGACUAUAUCAGCGGUGGCGGCUUCAGCAAUGUGUUCCCACGGCCUUCAUAUCAGGAGGAAGCUGUAGCCCAGUUCCUGAGCUCCAGCCCCCACUUGCCACCAUCCAGUUACUUCAAUGCCAGUGGACGUGCCUACCCAGAUGUGGCUGCAUUGUCUGAUGGCUAUUGGGUGGUCAGCAACCAUGUUCCUAUUCCAUGGGUGUCUGGCACCUCGGCCUCUACUCCAGUAUUUGGAGGGAUCCUAUCCCUGAUAAAUGAACACAGACUCCUCAGUGGCCACCCUCCUCUUGGCUUUCUCAACCCAAGGCUCUACCAGCAGCACGGGGCUGGACUCUUCGAUGUAAACCAUGGCUGCCAUGAGUCCUGUCUGGAUGAAGAGGUGCAGGGUCAGGGUUUCUGCUCUGGCCCUGGCUGGGAUCCUGUGACAGGUUGGGGAACACCCAACUUCCCAGCUCUGCUGAAGACAUUAAUCAACCCUUGACCCUUUCCUGCUAGGAGAGUGGACCUAUCCCUGGCCCCACAGCUGGUAGCUUGUUUCCUCAUUCUGCACUGUUGGAAUCCCUGCUGAAUCCUCACCUGCUGCAGACCAGCUAACCCUGAAGUACUAUGUGACUUGACUCCCAACCCUACCCUUUUCCAUCAUACUCAGGUCUCCCUACUCCCACUCAGGUUCCUCUGCAUAUGCUAUAACCAGCACUGUUUGGGAGCAUCCCCCUCCCCCAGCCCCAUUUCUUCUUUUUCUUUGCAACCAGGCUUUUCCGAAGGGUCAUCUACACUGUUGCACCUCAAUUCAUUGCAAUAGCACUUCUGCUUUCACUUUUUACUCUUUCCUCCCCUAACUCAGAAACAAUGACCUCCCUGCUGCUUUAUCAAGUGCACACUUCCCAAUCUUUGCUUUAUGGCCCUCUGUCAUAGUUGCCCACUCCUUCUCCUUCCUUAGCUUCUAGGGCUUAAGUACUUUUCUGGCCAUUCCAUCUUCCUCUGCUUCCUCACUGAAAGUUGGUGUACUUCAUUACUGCAACCUUAGUCUUUUGCUCUUCUCACUCUACUCAUUGUCCCCUAGAGCAAAUCAUUGUCAUCCACAGCCAUCACCAUCUCACUAAAUCAGACUUUCUAUCCAACAGCAAUUGAUACAUCAAAUGCAAGAUGUGCAGUUUCCAGCACUUCAUCUCUCUUCCUUCUUCCCAAUCCCAAACUAUUCUCUCGUUUCUUCUUGGUAAAUGACAUUAAGCUUCUCCCAAUCAAUUCAAAGAGCUAAGUCAUUCUAGACCAUUUCCUUCACCUCUCCCCUUCAAUUAACAAGUCCUACUGAUUUUACCUCUUAAAAAUAUCUUUAUCAAUCUACAAGCCCUGUCAAUUAUAUUCGCCAUGUAUAUCUAGAACUCAUCUACUUUCUCUCCAUCUCCACUGCUACUACAUUAGCUUAAAGCCAUAUUCUCUUUCCUCUGAAUUGUAGGAGGCUCUUGGAAAAAAAUGACCUUUCUUUCUGCCAUUCCCUAAACCAUCUUCCAGAGUAAAAUGAAAAUUUCAUCAAGCCAUUUACUUAAGACCCUUCAAAGAUUAUUGGAUAAAGUUCAGGCUUUUUAUCAUGACUCACAAACCUGAUCCCUUCCUUGCUAUUUGUUCCUGGGUAACAAAUUGUUUAUCCUCCCUGCUCUCCCUCCAAACAUAUUCUUUCACUUGUGUUCAAGAUAUACCGUGCCCUUACCACUACCCCUGACUCCCCUUCGCUGGGUUGAUUUCCAGGAUUCUUUCCAGACUCAGCUCAAAAGCCACCUUGUCUUCUGAACCUUUUGGCCCCCUGAAGCAAGUUGAUUUUGGUAUGGCACAAAAAUCCUAGAUUUUUGAAGCCAAAUCUGUUUGAUUCUUCUUCCUAAUACAAACUAGUGGAGAGACUUGGGCAACUAAGCUCAUCUCCCCGAGCCUAUUCCUCACUUGUUAAGUGAAGAUAGCUAUACCUGCCUCUCAUAAUAAUCAGUGAACAAUUAACUGGAAUAAAGGUGAUAGAGUGUCUGAUACACAGAAGUAGGCUGCAGAUGUUAAUUCCCCUUUUUUCCCCGCACUGCACACUCCGUGUCUACCUCUAGUAUUGUAACUCCCACGUAGCAUUGAAAUUGCCAGCUGACCUGUUUGCCUCCUUUCCUAAAACCGUUGGUGCCUAAAGGAUUAGAAUUUUGUUUUACCUAACUUUGUAUUCCCAGGCCCCUAGCUCAGGAUUGGCAAGUAGGAAUUGAAUAAAUCUUUGCUACAUUGAAAACCUCA